GUCCAGAUCAACAACUACGACUUCUACCAGUCAACUCCAACAGUUUUUGACAGGACGUCAUCGCCAUCAUCGCAAAGCGAGGCCGCUGGUGGGAACGCUUACCACCAUGUGCCUGUUGUGAGGGUCUAUGGGAGCUUACCCACAGGUCAUAGGAUACUGGCGCACAUCCAUGGUGUGUUUCCAUACCUUUAUAUCCCCUAUGAAGAGGAGGACUGCUUAUCGUUACAGAUGAGGUUGGAGGCCGUUGUAGCAGAGUCUCUAAGGAGAAAGAAGCAUGUGGAGGGUGAAUGUGGUGAUGUGGAUGAAGAGCCAAGGGAUAGGUCAGAUGUAUCUCUAAAGUACAUCGCACACGUCUCCAUAUGCAAAGGUACAAGGUUUUAUGGCUAUCAUGUUGGGUAUACAUCCUUCUUCAAGAUCUACUUGCUGAAUCCGUCUUAUCUCAACAGAGUGGCAGACCUCUUGAGAGAUGGUGCACUGGGUAAAAAGUAUGAGGUUUUCGGUGCACAUAUCCCCUAUGGGCUACAGUUUCUCAGCGACUUCAACCUAUUUGGAUGUGGGUGGCUAAAGCUUCAGGAGCUAUUCAUUAGACUGCCUGUACUAGCAGACGAGAGCCUGAAAACUGAUGAACUCGUGGAGUACAUGAUGGGGUACCAUACUGUUGAAGUACCGAGAAUCGGAAGGUCAGCACUCGAGAUUGAUACUUGUGCUCAGUAUAUCUUGAACAGGUUGGACUUGAAAGAACGCCAUUUGCAUCACGAUUUCGUGGAGAAGUUCACGCAGAUCGAUCCCGAGUUCAUAUACAUCCAAAGUACUAAAGAUCUGUGGAAAGAUGGUGAAUUUCAAAGGAAAAUAGUUGGUGAACCCGCUUAUUUGACACCCAAGCCAACAAUGAGAUCCCCAGACGUCAAAUGGGUUGAGGAUGACCAGAACAAGUUGCUAUUUGAUUACAUCAAGGGCUUGAAUCCUGGUAGUGAGCAGCUCAAUUUCAAUAACUUUGUGAAACAGAAUCCAUCUCUGAAAUCGUUGCCAACGUCAUUUGAAGCCGUUGGUGAGUUGUUUUAUGAGCCUGAACUGGACAUAAUGUCACAACAGCAGGAUGUCACCAAUGAGGCUGAAUAUAACGAGUAUGACGAUGUUUACUACCAGCAACAAGAUGACCAGACAAAUAUACUCCAUGACAUGUUUGAAAAAGAUUUAGAAGUGGAUGAGCCAGCAGAAGAAGAAGAAGAAGGACCAAAACAUGGGCCCUCGCUUGACUUACAACUGACGCAGUUUUUCAGUAGAAGGUUCAAGAAGAGACGGUUAUCAGAAUCACUCAGAUCUCAAUCAUUGAAGCAUUCUCUACAAAGCUUACCCUCAGUGAAGUUCGGAAACCAUCGAUACAUAUACUCAAAGCCACCACCAACUGACCUAGACUUCAAAGAGAUUGGGUUGCCAGAGAUUCAAUAUCAAGACCCCUUUUACAGCGAUCUUCCAGCUAAGCCAUUCAUUAAGGCAGGGAAGAAGUUCAACCCGGAGUCUAAAUUAUUGAGCCAUUUGAAGCAAAUUCCUCUUGGUGAUGGUUCAUUGGUUAUUGAACAACACGGUACGGUUUUAUCAAAAGAUCCAUCAAGAAUUCAAUCUUGGAAAUAUACAAAGAUGCCACCUGCCGCAAAAGAUCUUACGGAAGUCACAUCUUAUAACGACCAUUCUCAAGUUAGGGCCAAAAGAGGAUUCAAAUUUGGUUCUCAAGAAGAUAUGGAACGACUUCCAAAUGGGUUUAACGAGUUAUCUGUGCUUUAUGUGGAGGUAUUUGUACGAACAAGGGAUGAUUUGAAGCCAAAUCCAACAGAAGACCCUGUCGUGGCCAUAUUUUGGAAAUUGAGUAACGGGGAAGUUAUCCAUGAAGGUGUUCUAACUACAGACCAGCGACCCAUACCAGAAACAAGAGUUGAUUCAUUCACGGAUGAGUUUGAGAUGAUAGAAUCAUUUGCACAACUUGUCAAGAAAUACGACCCUGACAUUCUGUCCGGAUAUGAAGUGCACAACUCAUCUUGGGGGUACCUCAUCGAUAGAUCUCGGUCCAAGUUUGACUACGAGUUCAUCCGUGACUUAUCACGGUGUUCAAAGAAGGGAUUAAGCAAAAUGGGCUACCACUGGGGCUAUACCCACACAUCCAGCAUCCAGAUUUGCGGAAGACACGUUAUCAAUAUAUGGAGGUCAUUGAAGUCACUGAACUUAUCCAAAAAUUCUGUUGAACAUGUCGCAUUCCAUUUACUGCACCAGAGAAUCCCAAGCUAUACACACAGACUGUUAACUGAUAUGUGGCAGUCAAACUUCAUCGAUAUCAUAAAGUUCUUCAAACAGCGAGUUGAGAUCGAUUUCAAGCUUAUGAAAGCUGCAGACAUCAUCUCCAAAGCGACAGAAGAAGCUCGUAUGAUUGGUAUUGAUUUCACUGAUGUGUUCUAUAGAGGGUCACAGUAUAAAGUGGAAUCGUUGAUGAUCCGUAUAGCCAAAGCGGAGAAUUUCAUGAUGUUGAGUCCCAGCAAGAAGCAAGUUCGCAAUCAGAAACCUCUUGAGUGUAUUCCGCUUGUGAUGGAGCCAAUAUCUGCGUAUUACAAAAGCCCGCUGGUGGUCCUUGAUUUCCAAUCGCUUUACCCGUCUAUCAUUAUAGCGUAUAACUACUGCUAUUCCACACUACUUGGAAGGCUCAAGAACUAUUCAAAGGGAACCAACCCUAUUGGUACGGGGAAGGUGAAGCAUCCUCCUGGAUUGCUAAAGCUUUUGGAGAACGACAUCACACUUAGUCCCAACGGACUGAUGUUCGUCAACGCAUCAGUGAGAAAGUCUUUGAUUGCAAAGAUGUUGACGGAUAUCUUAGACACUAGGUUUAUGGUGAAAGCUACCAUGAAGCAUUUGGAUGCCAACAUGAAGCAGCUGUAUGACAAUCGCCAGCUCGCGUUGAAGCUCACAGCAAAUGUGACGUAUGGAUACACUUCGGCAUCAUUCUCUGGACGUAUGCCUUGCUCUGAUAUUGCUGAUGCCAUUGUGCAGACAGGCAGAGAAACUCUUGAGAGGGCUGUUGAGAUGAUUGAAACCGAACCAUCAUGGGGAGCUAAAGUUGUUUAUGGCGAUACUGAUAGUUUAUUUGUAUACUUGCCCGGGAGAAGUAUGGAAGAUGCGUUCAGAAUUGGGAAUGAGAUGGCCAGCGCAGUUACCAAGUCAAACCCAGACCCAGUUACUUUAAAAUUCGAAAAGGUGUACCAUCCUUGCUUGCUGAUGGCGAAGAAGAGAUACGUUGGAUACUCUUACGAAACUCUUGGAAUCCCACCAAAGUUCGAUGCCAAAGGAAUUGAAACGGUCCGGAGAGAUGGAUACCCAGCGCAGCAAUACAUUGUCGAACAAUGUCUCAGAACGCUAUUUGAGACACAAGACAUCACCAAGAUUAAAGAGUACGUGGUUGAUCAGUUCAAGAAAAUCAUUAAUAACGACCUUUGUAUCCAGGAUUUCUGCUUUGCUCGUGCAGUGAAAGUUGGUCGAUACAAGAACCCACCACCUGGAGCUAUUGUGAGUGAGAAGAAGAUGGAGGAAGAUGAAAGAGCCAAGCCUGAGUAUAAAGAACGUGUUCCAUAUGUAAUAAUAGAGGAGCCUGGAUCUAUAUUACGGCAACGUGCUAGAUCGCCUGAGGAGUUUUUGAAGAAAGGUUUGAAAUUGGACGCGGAGUAUUACAUUGUGAAAACGUUGAUACCACCACUAGAGAGGAUAUUCAACCUUAUUGGUGUUGAUGUGAAAUCAUGGUAUACCGAGAUGCCCAAGAAAGCACAGAGCAACAUCAAGUUCUUCUCAAAACGGUGUGUCUCUUGCGGUCGGUCAUCCAGUAGCCGACUCUGCGCUCAGUGUAAGGAGGAUGAGCUAGGAACACUGCUGAAUUCAGUACAGAUGUUGAAGAAAUCACAGAGGAUGAUGCAAGAUCUGUUGGUUGUUUGUCGAAGCUGCAGCGGUGAGAUCUCCGUCAAUUGUGAGUCUCAUGAUUGUCCUAAUCACUUCCAAAGGAUCAAGGUUGAAAGCCAGCUUCUAGAGUCUGAAGAUAAAAAUAAAGAACUGACAAAAAUCAUUGAUUGG